UGCCUCACAAAAGAAUUCAUGGUGAAGCAAUUUACUCUCAUUAGAAUGAAAGAUUAUGAAACAACAGCAAACCUGCCAAGACAUUUAAAUAGCUUAGACUUUUUUUUUUUUUUGAAGAAGAAGAAUUUAGAAAUUGAACCACUUGACUUACAUGCAAAUACUAAUAAGUGUGACACACUACUUCCUGGUAAGUUCGAAAUGUAGUUGAAACUCAAAAAUUGUGGGUACAAAUCGUAAGAAUUUGUAGCCUCAAACAAUGGCUGCUUGGGCGUCGCCAUAUUGGAAUCCCAACAACUCAAAGAAUGUUAAUGGGGUGUUCCAUUUGUAGUCAAAGGCAACAAAUCCCAGCUCUCCAGUUGGAAAGAAAUCAUUCAGAAUGCUCCUCAAAGUCGGACUUCCCACUUGGCCAGAGAGUCAAUUUUGAGAUCCAACAUGGCCGCUCCUAGCAUCAACAAUAGCAAGCUGUGGUGGAAACAUGUUUAUUUUAUAAGACACACUUGUACUGCGUCUAUAAUCAAUGUUACCUGUAGCUCCGGCAACUGUAAAAGAACCAAUUAAAACUGGUGUUUGCAUGAGGAAGUAUGUCUUAAGAUGAAGUUUCUAAGAUGUUCUACAAACAAUGGUGACUUGGGUGUCGCCAUAUUGGAAUAUCAACUACUCUCACUCCUCCCAGUAUGCUAACAGUGUGCUCUGUUUGUAGUGAGGACUUGGAAAUCAGCUGGAAUGCUCCCGAAAUCGGAAUUCCCAUUCAAAAAGUCAAAGAAAUCUCAAUCGACAAUUUUGAGAUCAAAUAUGGCCGCUUCCAGGUUCAGCAGUAGUAAGCUGUGCUGGAAACAUGUUUAUUUUACAAGACUACAAGCAUAUUUAGAAUGAAUGUUACCUGUAGCUCCAGCAACAAUAAGCUAAACAAAUUAAAAGUGUUUGCUAAUGGAAAAUACAGCUUAAAGCAAUCUUUGUAAGAGGUGGUACAAACAGUGACUACUUGGGCGUCGCCAUAUUGGAAUCCCGACUUCUCCCUGUAUGCUAGCUGGAAUGAUGGUUAACUCGGGUGUGACGUCAUUCCCAGCUUCAACUUCCGAGAUAAAUGGAACCAGCGUCACACUUCUCAUGCCUUGAUUUAACACACCAUUACCAUGUUUACUCCACAAUAAAACAUGGUAAUGGUGGCAUUAUGCUGUUGUUUUUCAGUGGGAACCAUAAAGAAGGUCAAAGUUGAUGAACAUGGAAGGAGCAAAAUGCAAAUUUGUAUUUAUACAGAUUUUUAAAUGUAUAUGUAAUUUCCUUGUUAAAUAAAAUAAGAAGGAGAUACAUAAAGGUUGGAAGUCUGAAUAUUUUAAAGAGGUCUGAAUACUUUUGGAAGGUACGUUCUGGGGAGAUUUUCUUCUGUUUUCCUGCAGCAGCCUGGAGGCUUUUUUAUCCCACAUAUCAAUUUAGCAGCUGCUAAAUAGCAAUUUGUAUGAUCAGAAUUCCGUCUCUACAACUUAAACGUGUGAUUACAUGUUCUAGGACAGCAAUUUGUGGUUAGGGUGCCAAUAUUUGUCAGUCCUGAUGAAAGAUUUAAACCCUGUUAUGGCAUACAGAGGGGGAUCCCUGUAGCUUCCCUUCCAUGCGCCCCCUACUGGUGAUAGCCGGAAAAUUUAAAUCCCGGUUUCAUCGAACUCGUUGAACUUCCAGAAAACUGCUAAAAAAAAUCAACUGCUCGCUCGCUGUAAACCCUACAUUUAUCAAAUAAAAUGUCGUAUGUUUCUGUUGUCAUAUUCUUCAUUCGUUCGACUGUGAGGAGUUUAAAAAAAAAAAAAAAAGAGGAGGAGUGGGUGGAUGGGGGCACAGUCAUUUAAAAAAGGGAAAAAAACUGAGCAGAGCGCAUGCGCUUGAUUUGAAGAGAAUACGCCAUAUUGAAUUCCCGUAGGAAUCACGGCAUUCUUGCAGCUACGAGGGCCAGUUUAUUAAUGGUCCGAAAUUGAUUUCAUGUUUUUAUUCCGCCUUGUUCUGUGACACCGAAUAGAUCAGCGAGUCUCGUCGGAACCGGUACAGCGGCGCAGAUUCAAAACGGGCUCGCUAACGACAGGUUACUUGUCGGGGGAGUGGGGGGUGGGGGGUUUACCAGGCAGAGGAGUUGAAUGGAUCCGAGGGUAGCUUGGAUUCAGCCGGAGCAGAAAGGACCUGCGAACGCCUUAUGGAUGCAAAUCUGGGAGACCUCUCAGGGAGUACGGACGCUCUCCGCUCACACUCGGAACCACAGCCGGUGUGUGAGUUAUGCGGCUUUGAUGGCUUUGAAUAAUGUGGCGGCCGCGGCGGCAUCGUGCAAGAGCGCCUGCAGCCCGAGCAACGGGAACGUUACAGGCAGCCUGAGUAACGGCAGCAGCCAUCACAGCAUCAUGAACUGCCCCGCACGCAGCGGCGGCGGCGCGGCCACCUCCACACAAGGGACACCGGCGACCAACGGGACCGCACAAAGCUCCCUCCCGAUGGCGAACGAGCCGAGCGGGGCCAAAAUCCCGAUCCCGAAGACGGGCUCCGUCUCCUCGUUGUCCUCGCAGGAGUCGGGGACAGAGAGUCCCGUUUCCAGCAGCUCGUUUCCCGAGAGGACUUUGGGUGGAAACGUGAGGGGCGACUUCAACAAGAUCGUCGGCGGCGCCGGUCUGCUCCUCGGGUUGAACGACGUCGCGGAAAACAACGCGAACCUGUACCAUCAGCAACAUCAGCGCAGCCCGGAGGAGCAUCCGGCUUUUAAUUUGCAGCAGAUCUGCGCGAAGCAGCAUCAGGUCCACCACUCUGCCGUGCCCGUUAAUCACACACACAAUCUCCACCCGGGACGGAGGAAAAGUGACAACAAGGAGAGUACCUAUGGGAUGAAUUACCUGCUUUCGAACUGCACUAAUGGGAAUCAUGUGAACAAUUGGACGCCGUGGAAAAAGAAGAAAUACAGCUCAGGAGUGCUUGGACUCCACGAAGAGGUGAUGGACUUUUACAACUUCAUGUCCCCGCGACCUGAAGAGGCAGCUAUGAGGAAGGAGGUGGUGAAGCGAAUAGAGAUGAUCAUCAAGGAGCUGUGGCCUACUGCGGAUGUUCAGAUAUUUGGCAGCUUCAGCACGGGGCUCUACCUUCCAACAAGCGACAUUGACCUGGUGGUGUUAGGGAAGUGGGAGCGCCCUCCGCUUCAAGAGCUAGAGCAAGCUCUACGGAAACACAAUGUGGCCGAACCUUUCUCCAUUAAAGUGCUGGACAAGGCUACAGUGCCGAUCAUCAAGCUGACUGACCAAGAGACCGAGGUCAAGGUGGACAUCAGUUUUAACAUGAAAAGCGGGGUGAAGGCGGCAAGCUUCAUUAAAGACUACUUAAAGAAGUAUCCUGUGCUGCCUUACUUGAUCUUUGUGCUGAAGCAGUUUCUGCUGCAGAGGGAUCUGAACGAAGUCUUCACUGGGGGCAUUAGCUCUUACAGCCUCAUCCUUAUGGUCAUCAGUUUCCUACAGCUCCAUCCACGCAUCGACGCCAGAGACCCCAACCAGAACCUAGGCGUGUUGCUGAUCGAGUUCUUCGAGUUGUACGGCCGCCAUUUCAACUACUUGAAAACAGGGAUCCGCAUCUCAAACGGAGGUGCGUACGUUACCAAAGAGGAAGUGAUGAAGACCAUGACAAACGGAUACACCCCAUCCAUGCUCUGCAUAGAGGACCCACUGCUUCCAGGUAACGACGUGGGGAGGGGUUCUUAUGGCGCCAUGCACGUCAAGCAGGUGUUUGACUACGCCUACACGGUCCUCAGUCACGCCGUGACGCCGCUCGCCAAGUCCUACCCCAACAAAGACUGCGAGAGCACACUGGGGAGGAUAAUAAGAUUAACCCAAGAAGUCAUUGAAUACAGAGAGUGGAUUAUUAAGAAGUGGGGAGGCAAGGACUCACCACAGACAGACAACAGAGCGUCUUCUCCCAAGGAGCCCGUUUCAGAGCAGGAGUCCUGUGUGCUGGGUGGUGGUGUUGUAGGUCCUGAGGAUCAGCAGAGGGACUCUGCUUCACCUCACAGCGCAGACUCUCCCAUGUCCAUCUCCAGCCCCAAGCAGCACUCAUCGGCCUCAUCCGUUUCCUCGCUGUCUGGCUCCGACAACGACUCUGACUCAGCGUUGCCAUACACCCUCCCUCCUCCGACCCUGUCGGCGUACGCGUCGUUCCCGGCGCUUGGCCUCGCCCUGCAGCCAAGCAUCCACCUGGGCACCGGAAAGCACGGCAUGGGAGGACGCCAUCUGCUGCUUCCUCCGGGUUCACAGGCUCACGUCUCGCUGCCCAGCGGUCUAGCAAUGCACUCCAUGCCUGACAGACAGGUGUGUAUGGACACCGGGCUCCCCUCCUUCUACCACAUGCCCCCCCCAGUCCAUGCUCAUACCCCCGCCCCCUCCAGCCCCCAGCCUCCGCUCAGCCCCCACUCCAGCCACACACACAAGAGUGGAACGAAGUUCAACGUGAAGGGCUUCCACAACCCGCCGCCGGUGAACGGAGCCGCACUGGCUAACCGCGGACACACACAUGCGCAGUACCACCGCAACUCGUGGACACGGCGCAGGAAGAGGGACAGCCUGCCCGUCAGCCUCAGCAGAUAGAAACCACUGCUUCUUCCUCUUUAACCUUUUCUCCCUCUUUUUUUUUUUUUCUUUUUUUCUUUUUUGGUCUCCCCAACUUGACACCCCUAAACGGGACGGACGGACAGAAAGAGGGAUCAGAGACCA